AUUUACUUAGCUUGCGAAGCUGGUGUAUUGACACCCAAAUAUUUAGGUUUCUGGAACAGUUAAAUCCGGAAAUUACUGUGGAACUAUAAAUGGGGCGACUCCAACUUCAGUCAAUCACAACAGCACUUCGCCGCUUUUCAACCUUACAACAUCCAAAAUGAAGUUCCUAUUCGUGGUAGCCCUCAUUGUCCUGGCCAUCCAACUGGCUUCCUCAGCUAGUACAACUACUACAACCACUACAACAACCACCGAUGCCACAACUACAACAACCACCACCACCGAUGCCACCACCACGACGACAACCGCCGCUUCCACCCACAAGAAGCGUUGUUGGAAGGGCAACAACUGGUGCCACACCCGCAUCCCCAAGAGAAAGUGCAAGCACCCAAGGAGGUGCCACAAGACCGUCGUGAUUGUGACCCACAAGAAAAACUAAGCUGCAUGAGUUGUUUUUUAAAUAAAGAAAAUAUGUUUUUAAAAAUA